UAGCGUGUGGUGGUGGUUGUGGUGGUGGAGGUGGUGGUGGUUGUGGUGGUGGUGGUGGUUGUGGUGGUGGAGGUGGUGCUGGAGGAGGGAUGGAGCAAAGUGCAGCUGCGGGUGCGAUCCAACUCCGACGCUUCCGCUCAUCUCGCGGCGUCGGAGGAGGAGGAGGAGGCGGUUCUCUCUCUCCUCCUCCCUCCUCCUCCUCCUCCUCUUCUUACCCCGCCAGCGCCGGGCUGCUCCUCAACGGCGCGUGCCGAGAGCAGGCGAGGCGUGUUCACAGCACCACCAACACCACCACCAACACCACCACCAACACCACCACCACCAGCAUCUCGGAAUCCCGAGGCGACGUGUCCAUGGCGACAGCUGAUCAUCAUCAUCAUCCUCCUGCUUCUGCUGCUGCUGCUGCUGCUUCUGCUGCUGCUGGGCGGCCCUCGCCGGCUCGGAGGAGAGAGCGCACCAGGCGUAGCCGGGAUCGAGACGACACCGAAGCGGCACGCGUGCUCGACUCGACCACCGCUGAGCGCGGAGGAGGCGGAGGGGUCGGAGGACUCCUCGGGGAGGAGGAGGAGGAGGAGGCGGCUCCGGGCUUCGCGCGGAGGCAACUCGGGGCCAUGCUUCAGCCGGGAGUGAAUAAGUUCUCGCUGCGGAUGUUCGGCAGCGAGAAGGCGGUGGCCAGGGAGCAGGAGCGCGUCAAGUCGGCCGGCCUGUGGAUCAUCCACCCGUACAGCGACUUCAGGUUCUACUGGGACCUCAUCAUGUUGAUGCUCAUGGUAGGCAACCUCAUCAUCAUCCCGGUGGGAAUCACCUUCUUCAAGAACGAGAACACGGUGCCCUGGAUCGUCUUCAACGUCCUCUCCGACACCUUCUUCCUCGUCGACCUGGUGCUCAACUUCCGGACGGGAAUCGUCUCGGAGGACAAGUCCGAGAUCGUCCUGGAGCCGCGCAGCAUCAAGAUGAGGUACCUCAAGGGGUGGUUCUUCGUGGACUUCGUCUCGUCCAUCCCCGUCGACUACAUCUUCCUCAUCGUCGAGUCGCGCAUCGACUCGGAGGUGUACAAGACGGCACGCGCCCUCCGCAUCGUCCGCUUCACCAAGAUCCUCAGCCUCCUGCGGCUGCUCCGCCUCUCACGACUCAUCAGAUACAUCCACCAGUGGGAGGAGAUCUUCCACAUGACGUACGACCUCGCGAGUGCUGUGGUUCGCAUCGUGAACGUCAUCGCGAUGAUCCUCCUGCUGUGCCACUGGGACGGCUGCCUCCAGUUCCUCGUUCCUCUGCUGCAGGAUUUCCCCGGGGACUGCUGGGUGGCGCUCAAUGGCAUGCAGAACGACACGUGGGGUCGCCAGUACUCGUACGCGCUCUUCAAGGCCAUGAGCCACAUGCUGUGCAUCGGCUACGGGCAGCGAGCCCCGCUGGGCCAGGCCGACGUGUGGCUCACCAUGCUCAGCAUGAUCGUGGGCGCCACGUGCUACGCCAUGUUCAUCGGGCACGCCACGGCGCUCAUACAGUCGCUCGACUCCUCGCGUCGACAGUACCAGGAGAAGUACAAGCAAGUGGAGCAGUACAUGUCCUUCCACAAGCUGCCCACGGACAUGCGCCAGCGCAUCCACGAGUAUUACGAGCACCGCUACCAGGGGAAGAUGUUUGACGAGGACAACAUCCUGGGGGAGCUCAGCGAGCCGCUCAAGCAGGAGAUCGUCAACUACAACUGCCGCCAGCUGGUGGCCACGAUGCCGCUGUUCGCCACGGCCGACCCGGCCUUCGUCACGUGCGUGCUCACCAAGCUCCGCUUCGAGGUCUUCCAGCCGGGCGACCUGGUGGUGCGCGAGGGCACUGUGGGCACGCGGAUGUUCUUCGUGCAGCACGGCCUGCUCAGCGUGCUCUCGCGCGGCAGCGGUGGUGGCAGCGGUGGUGGUGGUGGUGGUGGUGGCGGUGGUGGUGGUGGUGGCGGUGGUACCGCCGCCGCCGCCGUGGACACCAAGCUCUCUGAUGGCUGCUACUUCGGAGAGAUCUGCCUGCUGACGCGUGGGCGGCGCACGGCGAGCGUGCGCGCCGACACCUACUGCCGCCUCUUCUCGCUGUCCAGCGAGCACUUCGCCGCCGUGCUUGAGGAGCACCCCGUGAUGCGCCGCGCCCUCGAGAGCGUCGCCAUCGACCGCCUCAACCGCAUCGGCAAGAAGAACUCGAUCCUGCUGCACAAGGUGGAGCACGACAUGAGCACCGGGCUGUGUGGCGCCCACGAGCGCGAGAUGAUCCGCACCAUGGUGCGCCGCGACCGGGAGAUGAUGCUGGGCGCCAACGUCGCCACCGCCUCGUUCACCUCCUCCUCCUCCCCCCCCUCCUCCUCGUCUCCCCCUCACCACGGACGCUCGCUCGCUGAGCUCGCCCCUUCGCUCGCCGGCCCGCGGCCGUCUCCGUCGCCUCGCGGCGGAGACGGCCGCGCCUCUUCGAUCCACAUAGCCGUGACCCGCUGCUCGCCCCGCCCCGACCCGGCGUCGCCGCCGCCGCCGCUGCCGCCGCCGCCGCCGCUGAGUCGCCACGCCAGCCUCAGCCGCCGCUCCGGCGCCGCCGGGCGACGCAGGUCCAGCCCGGGCUACGGCACGCCGGCGCCCGGGGGAACCGCCGCCGGGGGUCUCGGCACGGUCCCCACGGGCGCAACGCGGCGCGGUCCCGCGCCGUCGCUCCAGGCGCCGUCGCCGCUGCAGCCGCCCUGGGCUCGUGACACCGCCGGCACCGCCGCCGUCGGCAACCCGCCGCUCGCGCGCGCCGGGUCGGAGCGCGCCGCGGGUUCCGGCGACUCGCUCCUCUGCCGCCACUUCCCGUCGCCCGGCAGUGGCGGCGGCGGCGGCCGGGCGAGCGUCGCCGACCCGGCGCUGCCGCACGGCGGGGCGAGCGGCGGGGCGGGCGCCUUUCCCCGUGCGCCGGCGACGGUGGAACAGCCGGGACAUCAGCCGUGGAGCGGCGAGCGGCAGCAGGAGGAGGAGGAGGAGGAGGAGGAUGCGGACCGUCACGGGCGACCUCCUCUGCCGAUGUUCACCGAGCUGGGUCGGAAGACGCUCCAGCGGAGGAUGACGCUGCCUCGGCAAAUCCCGCUGCUGCUGCCACCGCCGCCGGCGCAACAGCCGCUGGACCGCAUGCCCAGAGGCUCCCUGCCGCUGCCACCGGUGCCUCGGUUGUGCCCGGCGCGAUGCGCACCGCACCGCACCGUGGCGUUCCCCCGCCUAACGACGAUCCGUUCGCUCGGCCCACCGCCCAGCCCCUCGGACAAAACCCCCACGUGCUCGCGACUCGGCGGGGCGCCACGGAACGACACGUGGGGUCGCCAGUACUCGUACGCGCUCUUCAAGGCCAUGAGCCACAUGCUGUGCAUCGGCUACGGGCAGCGAGCCCCGCUGGGCCAGGCCGACAGGAGCACCGAGCGGAGCCCGUGCCGUGAGAAUUGCAGCCAGAGCGGCACCGCCCAGGCAGCCCCACGGCACCUGCCGGGGGUCAUCUUCCCGUGA